GCGCAAUAGCAGGACUGUUUAGCAAACUCAACUGGAGAAGACAUAUUUGUUCGUUGUCACCAAAAUCAUCUGCUCUGGGUUGAUUCUAUAACCAAAUUCACUUUAAUUACUCGUUUUAAAAGUUUAAAUAGUUUACAUGUGUUGUGGUACAGUUGAAAUGUUUUCUGGGUGUGGAAUGGUAGUAAAUCAGUACUGAAUCGAGCAUCUUUCAUUCAUUUCCGAUAUCUAUCAAUAUCAAAAAUCUCCACCAUCGGUUGUUGGGUAAAAAAUUAAGAAAUUUAUAAAGUCAAAAAGUUUGAGCAAUUACUGUAGAACUUCGGAAAACGAAUAACGAUCAAAGGAAAAAGCAGCAAGGAAACGAGCAAAUUGUUCAUCAGAUAAAUCAUCAAAUUGCUGGAAUUAGAUUGUCGAACAACUCGAUUCAAUUCAAAGGAGCAAGUACUCAGAAUACUUUGCUCCAUCCAUAAACGCGUUUCAUAAUUACUGUUCAAUAUUAGUACCAUCACUGAACCAGGUUGUGGGCGAAUCUGCGCCCCUCCAAAGGAUCCACAAACCGGCACACUGUCUUUUGCAAGUUUCAAAAGUAGCUUUACAAGCAAUGUUAAUUUCCUGAAGAGACGUGAUUUUUUACCUGGUAGAUUUAGCUCGGGAGAUUUAUCUUCCGAGUGUGACGAUGUUGAUCCAAAGGAUUUGCCGCCGACAGCAGCUACGCAACAAGCUCCACUUCAACAGCAACCAAUGCCUGGCGGUCCGCCUAGUAUCCCACCCCCACCGGUACCGGGAAGCGCCGUUUCUCCCGGGAUAGGGUCUGCCACAGGUCCACCGACUGGUCCCGAACUGUCGCUAAGCUUUGGAAAAAGUCCACAACGUGGCACGAGUGCACCCUCGAGCCCCGCUAAAUCGCGAGAAAGUCUACUGCAGCGCGUCCAAAGUUUAACAGGUGCGGCCAGAGACCAAGGGGCUUCAAUUUUAGGAGCUGCGGUUUCCAGUGCCGCUAGAGUUCAACCAUUCAACAAAGAUAAAUGUUUCACCUUGCUUGUGCUGGAUGAUCAGAAUACGGAUUGGUCUAAAUAUUUCCGAGGGAAACGCCUGCAUUCCGAUUACGAUAUUCGAGUAGAGCAAGCCGAGUUCCGUGAAAUUUCCCUGACGGCAAACGCUGACAAUGGGCCGCUGGUUUCGUUCAUCAGGGGCAACUCCAAGCAGCCUAAAACAUUCCGACCGGACUUCAUUUUCGUACGACAAGCCCCUAGAGAUGGCGCUAAAGAUCACAGAUCAACUCUGCUGGGCCUAAAGUAUGGUGGUGUUCCUAGCAUCAAUUCGCUGCAUUCGUUGUAUCAGUUUCAGGAUAAACCAUGGGUAUUUGCACACCUUCUGCAACUUCAACGUCGUCUAGGUAAAGAAGCAUUCCCUCUCAUUGAGCAAACUUUCUUCCCGAAUCCACGAGACAUGCUCGCUUGGCAACGGUUCCCGUGCGUUUUGAAGGCAGGUCAUUGUCACGGUGGGAAGGCAUCAGCCAGACUUGACAAUGUUGGCGCUCUGCAGGACGCUGCCGGUUUGCUGUGCGGUACAGGGCUCUCGGACAGUACUUCGUACUGCAGCCUGGAGCCUUACAUUGAAGCCAAAUACGAUCUUCGUAUCCAAAAAAUCGGGACAAAUUAUAAAGUCUUUAUGAGAAAAUCGAUAUCCGGUAAUUGGAAAACUAAUCAAGGAUCAGCGAUGCUGGAACAGGUUCCAAUCACUGAGAAGCAUAAGAACUGGAUUGAUGAGGUUUCAGAGCUGUUUGGUGGAAUGGAAAUUUGUGGUAUAUCCGUGAUCGUCUCUAAAGAAGGUAAAGAGUAUAUUGUUGGUGCAUCAGAUUGUACUUUCCCGUUACUAGGCGAUACUCAGGAAGAGGAUCGUCGUCAAAUUGCUGAGCUUGUCGUUACUCGUAUGCAGAAUGUAUGCCGCCCCGGGGUUUUGACGAAAACAACUUCACGUACUUCUAUUUCUUCACGAGGCGGUAGCCCCACGGAAGAAGCCCCCGUGCUUUCAAUGGGAACACGUCCGGCACCGGUAGGCGGAGCACCACCUCCGAUUCCGGAACGUGCAACACCCGGUGUGGGGUCGAUUGGAAGACAUGGCAGUGUCAGUAGCAUUAUCAGUGAACCACAAGAACAGCAACAACAGAUGGACAAAAAUCCAUCCUUUAGCAAUUUACGCCGUGAUUCACAAGCAUCGCAAUCAAGCUCUGUUUCCGUAGUGUCUUCUACUUCGGGAGCUCGAUCAAAUUCUACCAAAACUUCACAACCUUCAGGUGCUCAUGGUUCAACGGUGGACGAAAGUGAAGACACCAUGAAAAACCUGAGAAAAACAUUUGCUGGAAUUUUCGGGGACAUGUAGGAUUUAGCUAAAAAGAAGAAACCACAAAAGGGAGGAAGCGUCACGAAUCCAAGGGAAAGCUCAUCUAGCAUACAUAACAGUUCAAGCGACAGCACUGCAGCAACAACGGACGAAUUCAGCGGGAGUGCAAAGGCACAACCAGAAUCAGUGGCCUCCUCACUAUGCAACGGUACGGCAAACCAAAAACAGCGCAGCAUUGACAGUGUAAACAGUACUGACAACUUCAGCGGUAGAAUAGAUGUCGUUUCUUCUUUAGACCAAAAAUAUGAAGUAAGCGCCAAUUCCUCCAUGUCCAGCAUUUCAUUUCCCGACAACAGAUCAGGUUCGAGUACUACUCAAAAUACGAAAACAAUCGCGUAUGAUCCAUCUCUAAACGAACGAAUAAACCCGUUCGACAAGAACAAAACAGCUGAUCAAAGAGAAGCCAAAAGUGAAUCCAAAUCCGGAAUGCCAACAUAUUGCGAUUCAUCGGAUACUCUAAAUCAAUCGAUAACAUCUACUUCCUAUUACUCCUCUUACUUAGACAAUAUUGAUAAAACUAGCGAUAAGGAAGAUGAUAACGUGAAAGAUCGUUACAACAUACAGCAAGGUAUCAGGGAUCAAUCGCACACUUCUGGCUUUAUCUCGAAAUCAAAUACUACUAAUCAAUGUGACGGUGGUUCUUCCUCGUUACAAUAUUCCAGAAGUGCAACAUCGUCUAACUCGUCUGUGGGAGUUAAUAAUGAAAGACCGGAAUAUAAUCAGCAGUUGAACGGAAGAGAUGCCUUCAAGCAGGGCUUUACCAAACAAAGUCAAGGUUCUCUCUCGGAUGCUGAGCUUAUUUUUGGGACGAGUGCUGUUUCUAGUCCACCAACGAACAAAGACUUCGGUCGAUUCUCGAGAAAUGAAAAUCAGAAUGGCUCUUGUAGCUUCAAUAGCAGUGUUUAUGAAUCAGAUUACAUUUCAUCCAGGCAGAAAGAGGAAGAACGAAGCUUAACUUCCUUACCAGAUAGAGCCAAAAACAUUGAUGAGAAAAAAAUAAACAAGUUGUACGAACCCACUGUUACUGUUGAGAUGUCUAACACACAAGAAAAUAACGAAUAUGAUUUGAAAUAAUAAGACAAUGUUUUUUCCAACUUGUACAGUAUUUAAAACGAAAAUGAAAAAAAAACCAUUAAGAUAUAUCUUGUUAAAAAAUUAAUGUUACUUUUCAAUGUUCAUAUUAUUUUAUGAAACAGCUAUCAGCAAAACGAAUCAGUUGAUAAAAUCGCAUGUAUGUCUUUACAAAUAUUGGCGUUUUAAAUUAACCAAAAACCAUAUGAUACCCAUGUUGUUAAAUCUCGAAGCAGCACUGCAAUAUUACAGUUGAUUUCACUGUUUUCAAGUUUGAUUUGCUUCGUACAAAUAUCAGAAUUGUGCUAAGUGAAACGUCGUGACUAUAUAGUAAUAUCUAGUUAAGAAUUAUCGUAACCAUUUGGCUAAGCGAGUAUUAAUAGAAGUUACCAGUUAAUCCUCAAACUUGAAUAUAGAAUUGGUAUAAUUUCUAUCUCUUUUGAGCACAAACAUCUUUAUUUGUUUAACAAUGGUUUCUUUAACAGGGAAUUUGAUACGUAGAAUAAAAAAUCUAAAUUUUUCGCUGCUCAGUAGGGAUAUGCUGACGAAGGCGAAUUCAAAUUUUCAAAAUUAUAGUUGAAAACUUAAAUCAAUAAGUUUGAUGAGUUUAUGAAAUUACUAGCCAUUAUUCAUAUUCUUCUUUCUGUCAAUCAAUGUCAGUAUCAUUUCAAACUGCUUCAUCAUAAUGAACUUGAAUAAACAUAACGGUAAACUUUGUAAAAAUGUAAAUAUGAUAUGUGAAAUAAAAUCUCGCCUUCUUAUGAUUUAUAAGAGUCUGAAUCGCACAAAAAUAAUUACAAAAAUAUCGCGUUAAAAAUUGAACUAGCAGAGUAAACAAAGUUAUCUACCAUGUAACGCAACAGCUUCUUAACAAUGUUUUGUCUUUUAUAAUUAUUAAAAAAGUUGCACGCGAAAGCUCUGCAUUAUAUGUCAUAUCUGGCGGAUUGAAAUAUGUUUCAAUUCUCCUAAGUUUAAGUAAAUUUUUGAUUUAUAAUAAAUUGUUUAAUUUUUUGUUUAUACAAGCAUAUGCAAUAAAUGUAUCAAUCUAAAAAAAAA